UGCCAGCUGGUGCUUCUCAGGCUAUUGUGAACUGACGUGCUAAACUAUGCCGUCUGGCAAGUGACACUUCCAGCCAGCCACAGGCUGUCAUCGAUGGUAACCUGAAUGAACGUGAAUUUUAUUGGAUUAGCCAACGCGUCCCAGGAAAAUGGAUUUCGCGAAGAGUUUGAUGAAGAAAUAUGGCUGGAAGGAGGGCGACGGCUUAGGGAAAAACAGCGAUGGAAUCGACAAACCCCUCAAGGCCAACCUCAAGUUUGAUAACUCCGGCCUGGGACACGACAAAGCGGCAGAUUUCAACAAUCACUGGUGGGAGAGGGUCUACAACGAGGCGGCGGGAAAUAUCGAAGUUGAAAACGGUGCAGGCGUGUCGCUGACCACCAAAAAGGAAGAUGCAUUGGAGAUUUCCACAAAGGAAUACAGCGUGAGCAAACUCAAGAAACUCACCGGCGAGAGUUCCUACAACAACUUCCUCAAGUCGGCAACCCUCUCAGCGUCUGGGGAAAGUGAAAAUCCCAGUCACGUAGACAUGGACGAGGUCAACUUGACCAAGUUCAAGCCCCUCACGGACGAGCAACUUCUCGCAGCUUGCGGUGGCCGAACAGCUCAUAAAGGAGCUCGCCACGGGCUCAAACUGUCUGGGAAAUUGGCUCGAAUCGAGCAACAAGAACGAGAACUACUAAGCCGCAUGCAAAACACAUCCACAGCCGAUGCCGACCCUACAAAUUGCCAAUCUACCUCGAAGAAGAAAAAGAAACGGAAACGCGAACGUCAAGUGGAGGAGUUCACCGAACAGGAAAACCAAGACGAGCUGGCCGAUCUUUUGUACAACGCGGAAUACACAACUUCCUCAAAAAAGAAGAGAAAAGAAGCCAGGAAGCUUGACAAUGAGCUAUCGUCGUGCCUGGAAAGAUUCAGCAUGGAUAGGACUGCGCUCGACGAGGACGGGGACACGGUGCUCGAACCUGCUUUCAGUGAGACCAACAAGUCGAGGCGCAAGGACAAAAAACACAAGAAACGGAAGAGGAAGAACAAACAAUUCAUUCCCGAACCAAUUCUCGAUGAAAAGUCGAAUGAAAAGGAGGCAAUCGACGAACUGGACGACCAGCUCACCGUGAACUCGUUGGAAGUUAACAUUAGCGACUCAGAGGAGCAGCGCUCGAACCAUAGCUCGGAACAGACGAAGAGCAAGAAGGUCAGGAAACGCGAGAAGAGGCUGAUGAAGAAGUUAAGGACUAGCCUAGAGAACUCUGUAGUUAUUACGGAUUGAAUGUGUAUCUUUUUUAAACUGAAAUAUAUUUUAUAUACUUCUCAAUGUAUUGAA